CCUACACAUCUUUCUAGUACUGCCAGGUACCCGUAUUAUCCAGCUCCUUGGGCUCUUCUUUUAUUUCCCUGCCAGAAGAACAAGCGACAACCUUGUUAGCAGGGCUCCAUCUCCUCUUCGCUCUCAACAUCGUGCUAGCGAGGCCCAGGGGUUCCUCACCACCAGAUGAGAUGCCUGUCGUUCUCGCUACCUGCUAAUCUUCCCCAGACGUACUCACUUGCGACUACGUUCCCCCGCCUGCGCCUCAAUCAACCUAUUCAAUCAGCCAUAAGAUCGACCUGCAACGAUUUCGAACGCAUUCAGUAGCACAGACCCAUAGCUUCCGCAGUGUCAGGCUUGACCUCAAGGGUGCUAUUUCGGAGCCUCGAAGAUUUUUCUCGUCCGACGCGCUUCUCCUACCAACGAACAACGAUAUAGCUGAAUGUCGGUUCAAACGCCAAAGUGUCUCUUCCUUCGCGACCGACUGAAGAGAAGAUGAGCGCGACCUUUACACUACCCGUGGCGGCUACAGACAAUUGCAAGCAUGCGCACUCGCAGUCUUCAUCUCCAUCCCACUCUCAUUCUCAUUCACGAUCUCAUCAACGAAACCGAGCUGGGAGUCGCCUAGCUGUGCCCUACUCACUGCCGCGCAUACCCUCCGAAUCCGCUGUUCACCAAAGCGACAUGAACCGUCCCCCGCCUGUGGACACACAUUUCCACGACCAUGUCAGCCCGACGCCGAGUCUCGACUUGUCGGGAUCAUAUUUUGUACCAAAGAGAAGGGAUACAGAACAGAUUGCAUAUGCCUCCCCCAGAGGAACGCAGAGGCCUGCUUUCCACCGCAAUUUCUCCAAGCCUACGCAGCUGUUGUUGAAUUCGACGGAAAACUACUCUCUUCUUCAUGGCAUUCUUGCCGACGAUGAGUCGAGGCGGAUAUUCUACUUUAUGAUAUUGAACCUCUGCUUUAUGGUGGUGCAGUCAACAUAUGGAAUUCUGACGGGCUCUUUGGGAUUGAUCAGCGACAGCAUACACAUGUUUUUCGACUGUGUGGCGCUCCUCGUCGGCGUCUGUGCAGCUGUCAUGAGUAAAUGGCCCCCGAGUCUCAAGUUCCCCUACGGGUACGGCAAAGUCGAUACCCUUGCUGGCUUGGGCAACGGAAUUUUCCUGAUGCUGAUCAGUGUCGAGAUCGUUUAUGAAGCGAUGGAACGAUUAUUUAGCGGUGCAGAUGUCAGUCGGACUAUGGAGCUACUGAUCGUCAGCACUAUAGGACUUUUCGUCAACCUCGUAGGCAUAUUUGCCUUUCAUGGACUCCACGAUCACGGUCACGGACACAGCCAUGGAGAGCACGACCAUUCUCAUAGCCACCAUGGUCAUGACCACGAUCAUGACCAUGAUCACAAACACCACACUUCCCACAGUCACAGUGACUCGGACACUCCGUUGAUGGCAUCGGCGUCGCCGAUGAAGGGUAAUAAAGCCGCAACCGGACACCAUCACCACGGAAGCGAGAAUAUGCAAGGCAUAUAUCUUCACAUCAUGGCCGACGCUCUUGGCUCUGUUGCUGUCGUCGGAUCUACAUUGCUUGUGCGAUGGACUGGAUGGAGUGGCUGGGAUCCUCUCGCCUCAUGCAUCAUUGCGAUUCUUAUCUUUGCCUCGACCAUUCCGUUAGUCACGUCGACCACCAAAAUCCUCCUUUUAUCUCUAAACUCUGACAUCGAAUACAACCUUCGCGGUAUCCUCAGCGGUGUGGCCGAAAUUCGAGGCGUGGUGGGCUACAACGUACCCAAAUUCUGGCUGGAAGACACCAAAAAGGAGUCCGGCGGCCACCACCAUGGACAUUCUCAUGGCCACGAUCACCAUCAUUCUCACGGCCACUCUCACAAAGACAGUGAUGGCAAGUGCAGCGACGGCGAGGACGACCCGACAGUCUUGGGAGUGAUCCAUGUGACCGCUUCACAGAAUGCGGAUCUCGAGGAUGUGAGGGAACGGGUGAAUAUGUAUCUCCGUACCCGCAAAAUGGACGUGGUGGUGCAGAUGGAAAGAGAGGGCGAGAAUAAAUGUUGGUGUGGCACUGGGCAGAAAUCUUGAGCCUCAAUUAUUUCUUGGGCCUGUACUGUGCCAGGACCCGUGUACUCGUAGGUAGUCUACAUGCCAAUUCACACAAACUAGACAAUAUACCAAACAUGUAACCA